AUGAAAAGCCGCAAGAAUUUCUUCAUAUCAGCAGCCGUUUGCGCAUGCUUUGCAUUAUUGCUUUGCAUUGCGGUCACUCAAGCGCAUCCAGUGGUCAAAAAACCACCAACUCCAAAACCAAAACAUGUGGAUUCUUAUGGAGAUCACAAGAAGUAUUGUUACAAGAAGUGUAUUCAAUACGAUUCCAUUAAGGGCAAAUGCUCAACGUACGGUUGGGAAGGCACGACCAAACGUUGCGUUCAAUACAAGACCAUUGGUAAAGGACAUUGUGUUGAAUACAAGCGUGAUGAGAAAUGUUUGAAAUGGGAAGGUCCAAGCACCAUCUGUGUGGCUCACGGUACGAGACCUGAAUGUGCCCGUACUGAGAAACUCACUGUUUGUUCCAAGGAAGACUUUAGAAAGAGUUGCAAGAAGAAGGGAUACAAUGGCGUGUGCAGUGCAUGGGCAUUCCGUGAAAUUUGUGUCGACAAUUAUGCCAACAAGAAGCCAGAUCCAUACGCAAGAUGUGAUUUGUAUUCUUACAUUCCCAAGUUGCAAUGCUACCAUAAGAAGAGAUGUGCUCAUUAUAAGGUAGACUCUUAUUGUGUCAGACAUCGCAACAAAUGUAGAAAGGAAUGCAAGUACGUUGAAGUCAAGGCUCAAGAUUUGUAUGUUCCACACAAUGCUGUAAACGUUCCAAAGGGUAAACCAGAUCCAUAUGCUCCACCAAAGGUUUUCAAAAAGGUCUGUUACAAGAAAUGCCACAAGAUUUGUUCAGAAUUCGCCAAGAGAAGCCUCUGUGAUAGAUAUGACAAUGUUAAAUUCUGUAAGAAGACUGGUUACAUUCAAUAUUGUGCUCAACCAGUUUCAGGUGAUAGCUACGUUCCAAAGCCUGACACAUACAAUCCACAACCAUGUAAGAACAAGAAGAAGAUCAAGUAUUGUAUCAGAUGGAAGAAGGAAAAGCAAUGUGAUGAAUAUAGAAAGGUCCGUGUCUGCCUCAAGAGAAAGACCUUGUAUUAUUGUGCUGCUUACAAGUCCACUCCAUUCUGUACUCAAUAUGAAAAUAUUCCAAAACGUUGCGUCAAGAAGAGACAUACAAAGACUUGUGUCAAGAAAUCCGAAGGUCAAAGAGUCUGUUGCAAGUAUGCUCUUGAGGGUGGAAAGCAAGUGUGUCAUGCUAAAGCUUCUAUUACCAAAUGUGCUAAAUUCGAGACCGUUUGUAGCAAGGUUCAAGAGGACAACAAUGAUACCAUUCAUGAUUCUAAAAAGGUUUCCCACAAGAAGGUUUCUCCUCCUGCAAAGAAGCACUAA